UCUCAGAGCAAAACAAAACAGACGAGCACAGCUGAGGGAACAAAAAUACCAAACUUUCGUCCUCUCUCUCUUUCUUACAUCCAAGCCUCUGCACUCUGCACAUAUACCCAAAAGCACGAACUUGCGUUGCCACUGAUUAAAUUGCUUCAUCAGACAGUUUCUAAUUUUAGCAAAACCCAUGAGAGAAAACCCACUUCUCUGUGAGCCCCAUUUGUUUUGUUUGUCUUGGGUUUCCUUCUCUGUCUCUCUCUCUUUGUAAUUGCUUUGGCCUUUUAUACUGAGAUUGCGCAGAGUUUCGAGGAGCUUCCAAUAAGGGUUACUGUGAUAUUGAUGGUGGUUUAUUGUGUCAAUUCUUUCAUCAAACGCUAGGAAAGUUUUUAACAUCAGACGCUUUAAGUUUGGUGGGAUUUGGGGGUGGAGGAACUCAAGGGCCUAAGGGAAACGGAAGUGUUAGUUCAAGUUUGCUUUUGAAUCUUUGAUGAUUCUUUUGAGGCAUUUCAUUGGUUUUGAUGAGAGGUGUUUUUGAUUAAAGAUGGAACACCCUUUUUCGGCUAAGGAAUCGGGAACAGGUUAUUGGACUACGCCAAGGGGUCAAACGGAUAGCACGGAACCCUUAGAAUGUCGUGCAAGGGGUCUGAUGGUUGAGGAUCCAUGCAAUAACUUUCCAGACCUCAUGAGUUUUGAUACAUAUGCAGGAUGGUGCAAUAGCCCAUCAUUGAUUACAGAUCAGAUGUUUGCUGCAAAUGGGUUGUCUCCAUUUCAGUCAGUACCGUAUGCAUCAUUCGAUACAUCAAAUUUCACUGAGCAAAGUUCUGCCGGCUUUUCUGAUGGUGGCAUGAUGUCAAGGACUGUGGGGUCUUCUUAUAAUGGUGAAGAGAGGAUGGUGUUUCAGGAAAAAGAUGCACUACUUAGUUAUCGUUUGGAUUCAGUUAAUGCUGAUGCUGCUGCUGAGCAAAAUAGUAGCGCUUCUGUACCGAACAUUAUGUCCACUAUGCCUAAUUGUGUGGUUGCUCGGCCAAUUGGGUUGUCACUUGAUGAGAAGAUGCUUAGGGCGUUAUCCUUAUUUAAAGAGUCUUCUGGAGGGGGCAUUUUGGCACAAGUCUGGCUCCCAAUAAAGCAUGGAGAUAAGUAUAUAUUGAGCACUUACGAUCAACCGUACUUGCUUGAUAAAGUUCUUACAGGGUAUCGUGAAGUGUCAAGGAAGUUUACCUUCUCGACAGGAGUGAAACAAGAGUUUCCUCUGGGCCUUCCUGGUCGAGUAUUCAUCUCUAAAGUUCCAGAGUGGACUUCAAAUGUGAAGUUCUAUCGUGAUGAUGAGUACUUACGUGUAAAUCAUGCUGUUAAUCAUGCAGUCCGCGGUUCUAUUGCCUUGCCGAUCUUUGAACAUCAUGCGAUGUCGUGCUGUGCUGUGCUAGAACUUGUAACAAUCAACGAGAAGCCCAAUUUUGAUUCAGAGAUAGAAGCAGUUUGUCAUGCAUUGAAGGUUGUGAAUUUGCGGUCCACUGCACCCCCUCGACUUUUUCGUCAGAGCCUCUCAAAGAAUCAAAGAUCUGCCAUAGCUGAAAUAACUGAUGUUUUACGUUCUGUGUGUCAUGCGCAUAGAUUACCUCUAGCUUUGACAUGGAUUCCCUGCAGUUAUUCUGAGGAAGCUGCCGAUGAAACUAUAAAAGUACGUGUUAGAGAAGGUAAUAAAUGUUCAGAUGGGAAAUCUGUACUUUGCAUCGAGGAUACAUCGUGUUAUGUCAAUGAUAAAGAGAUGCAAGGGUUUGUGCAUGCGUGUGGUGACCAUUAUAUUGAGGAAGGUCAAGGUGCAGCUGGAAAAGCGCUUCAAUCAAAUCACCCCUUUUUCAUACCUGAUGUAAAGACAUAUGACAUAAGUGAGUAUCCACUUGUCCAUCAUGCACGUAAAUUUGGCCUAAAUGCUGCCGUUGCGAUCAGGCUGAGGAGCACCUACACUGGUGACGAUGAUUAUAUACUAGAGUUCUUUCUUCCCGUCAAUAUGAAAGGGAGAUCUGAGCAGCAACUCUUGUUAAACCUGUCAGUCACAAUGCAGAGAAUCUGCCAGAGUUUGAGAAUAGUUUCAGAUGCAGAAUUAACUGGAAGACAAGGUUUGAACAUGGCAGUUGGAGCUGUCCAAAGUUUCCCUCCUGUGGCUCUUCUUGCGAGAGGCUCUCAAAUGGACUUACCAGGACCUACUGUGGGUUCAAUUGAAAAGAUGUUUCUAAACUUAUUGAAGGCAAAUAAGGAUAAAGUUGAAGCCCAUGCUCCCCAAGAACAGGGAUGGAGUGGAUCUAGAAGACAACCAGAGAAAAAGAGAAGUACGACAGAGAAACAUGUGAGCUUGAGUGUUCUUCAGCAGUACUUUUCUGGGAGCCUUAAGGAUGCGGCUAAAAGCAUUGGUGUUUGUCCGACGACUCUGAAAAGGAUAUGCAGACAACAUGGGAUCUCCAGAUGGCCAUCCCGCAAAAUACACAAGGCGAAUCGUUCACUGAGGAAGAUACGAACUGUACUUGACUCUGUUCAGGGAAUGGAAGGAGGGCUCAAGUAUGAUCCAACCACAGGAGGUUUUGUGGCAGCAGGUUCCAUCCUUCAAGAAGUCGAUGCUCAAAAGAUGAUAAAUUUUCCAGACAAAAACCCACAAGAUGAUGUUCCAAUAGCGUCAGCAUCCUGUCUUGAGUGCGAGAAUUCGGUGGUUAAAGUGGAGACAGAUGAGUGUUGUCCGGAUACAUUUCAUGAAGAACUAAAGCAAUCCACUGUUUCUGUCAUUGAUUGUAGUGAAGACUCCAAGUCGGUUGUCAUAGGAGCUGGACUAUUCCAGCUAGAUAGUCUUGGCUUGACACAAUGGGUCAUCCCCGAGAAUGAAACUUUCAGUUCCUAUUUUGUAAAUCAAGAGGGCAAAUGCAGUCUGAACAACAACAACAGUACAAAAGUAGAGAUGUCUGACUGCCAUUUUGUAUCUCAGAGUUCAAGUUCCUUGGCUGCUACUGAUGAAAUAGAUACCAAAAUGGAGGGUGAUGACGAGAUUCUUGAGCAUAAGCAGCCCUCUACUUCAAGCAUGACAGACUCGUCAAAUGGUUCUGGUUCUUUGAUGCAUGGCAGUUCAACAAGCUCUCCUAGUUUUGAAGAUGGAAAGGAUUUGAAAGCCAAAACAAGCUCCGGCGACGGUGGAUCUGUAAUUACUGUAAAAGCUACUUAUAAGGAAGACACAAUUAGGUUCAAGUUUGACCCUUCUUUAGGCUGUUUCCAGCUAUAUGAUCAAGUUGCAAAAAGGUUCAAAUUGCAAAAUGGGAUGUUCCAGCUCAAAUAUCUGGACGAUGAACAGGAAUGGGUGAUGUUGGUGAGUGACUCUGAUUUGCAGGAAUGCCUUGAUGUAUUGGACUACGUCCACACAAGCAGCGUGAAAUUUCUUGUUCGUGAUAUGCCUUGUGCAAUGGGUAGCUCUGGCAGUAGCAAUUCCUUUUUAGCAGGUCCUACGUAGCAUGGGGGUGAUGGUUUCAACAUCUGGGUCAUCUCUGCGUCGUCCUUUUGUAGUAUUAUGUUUCGUGAUGACUUGGGUUCUACUUCAAACAAGGUGAUGUAAAUUGUAAUGCCACUGAACUGGAAUGAGGUGAUCGGAAUGGCCAGAGUUUCACGGGUUUUACUCCUAGUUGUUUAGGGAUUAUCAGAAAUCCAAUCAUGUACCAAAAACUUCUGAUUCUUUUGGCCGAGGUACUGCUUUAUACCUCAAAACCAUGGUAUAUUAUGUAUUACCCUCAAAAUGCAGCUGUUUUUGUCUCAUGCAGAUGGUGGUUGUGAGAAACGCCCAGGACAGAAGUCAUGGAACGAUGGAGGUACAAGAGGAGAUAUGAGCUUACGACAUGCUCACACGCGUCAACGAUAGGUAUGUAAAUGCUAGAAGCAGCAAUAUGGUGACUUUAGUUGUCGCAAAGGUUGCGGGAAUGAUGCUAUGCAAUGGCCUUUACUUACUGUGUAUAAUAACCAAUGUAUUAAAAUCCUCCAGAGUAGAAAUUAUAUAUAGCUUGAAGCUGUUGGUUUUACUGGUCACAACGCAGUCCUGUAUAUGUUGAAAUCCCACAGCUUUCAGAAUGUACAGAUUAAUCGUAUUAAACAUGUCGAUGAUAGCUUGGAUGUUUUUAUUCUCUGGAAAAUAUAGGUUUAUGUGAUGCAGUCUUUCUUUCC